ACCUCAGGAUUUACCUGUAUAAUAGUUUCAUGGAGGUGUGAGUGCUUUAUUUUGGAAGCCCCACUUUCAACAGCACAGUUCUUUGCCUGUGUGGUCACAUUUGUCUAUACAUUUGUAUGCCUUGGGCAGAUUAUAAGUUUGUGGCAAUAUCUGGUCUCAUCUCCAGAAUUAUGUGUACUGUCUGCCUCUAGAAUAUUAGUUAUUCGGCUUGUAGCAUUCCACUUGUCAAAACAGGAAAAAUGAAAUCAGAGGUUUCUGGAUGUGUGUGUGUGUGUGUGUGUGUGUGUGUGUGUGUGUGUGUGUGUGUGUGGUUGGGUAAGCUCUAUGGCCUAGGCUCUUGACAGCAUAACAGGUUUGAAUGCAGAUCCAGCCCUCCUGAUUGAAAAAAGUGAGCCAGGGAACCCUUUAUCUGGGUGCUUAGCUUCUGUUAUCCUGGGCACACAAUUCCAAGUUUCUGAAGCUGAAGAAGAUCCAAAUAUGUAGAAUUCAGAAAGUGUCCUUCCAGGGCUGGGGUAGUACAGGACGCAGCCUGAGUUCAUAUAAUCCUAAACCUCGAUGUUCAUUGGGUUCUAUCUUCCUGGGGCCAGCCCGUACUUCAGGCCAAAUCCAUUUUAUGAAAACUUGAAGAUAAAGGAGAAAGAGGUCAUGUCAUUACUGCACAACUUAGACACAAAGAACAUUGAACAUCGUGAGAAAUUUCAGGAGCUCAAGAAGGAGAUUAACUUCUAUCGCAACCUGCACAGCCGGCUCCUGAUGGACCAGGCAUGUAUGAAGAAGAAGUUGGUCACAUUGAAGCAGGAGUGCAAGGAGUUACAGCGAUAUUUGUUUGAGUUGAACCCGAAUGAUGAAGACGAACAGGAGAAGACCAGCAACCUAGACCCAGCAAAAUGUGGUAGGAACAAGCAGCUGAGUCAGAUUAACAAUGUCUGAUACCAUUUGCCUAUUGGAUACAUCUUUGCUUCCCCUAUCACCUUUCUAAUCUCCCCACACCCAGUCAGUCACCCACCUCAUGUGAUAGAGUUAUUCAUUGCUCUGUCUAUGCACAAGUAUUCUGGGAUGUUAACCACUCUUCAGAAACUGAAUUAUGGGCAAUUAUACUUCUCUGCCCUUUUUGAAACUGCAAUCCAGAAAUGGUGACAGAGGAAUAACAUAUCACAUGACUGAAGGCAGCAACUUGACAGCUGGUAUGCGUGUCCCCACCACAUCCGUGUCUUAAUAGCUGCCUUCUUCUCCCAGGUCUCAGGAACUGCAGGAGACAUGGAAUAGGACGGAUCCCAGGAAGACAGCCCCCUGAAGAAUGAGUUUCUCUCUCAGGAGAUCCCUGUGACGACAAUCCUCACAGUCAAAGACUUUUUGUGGGUGAAUAUUCUUCUUCUCAGAUAAUUUCCUCAAUGUAUAGAGACCCUACAUUUAUGUAUCCGUAUGCCAGCCUGUCUGGUUGAGGUCUUUCUCCUCUCUCAUACCGACAACACCAUUUGAGAGACAACUGAGGGGACUGCCUUGACAUCUCACGUCCUAGAGGAGAAACAGCACUACAACUGUGUUUCUAAAUGUUCAUUAAGAAAAUGCUGUUAAGAAAUGUUUUUGGUUAUGAUUUUCAUUGAAGUUUUCUUUUUGUUAUUUCAUAGUUAUAUAUUCUUGUUACUGUUUUUCAUUUUAUACCAUUUUAGGUAUUCAUUUUA